CGUUUAUUGACAAUAUGGCGACCUGGCCAGUUGAGAAGGGACUGGACGAUUUUCGGUUUUGCCAGUAACUGCAGAAAUCGUUUAUCAAAGUGAAAGCUGCGUGUGAAGGAGUCUUAUGAAUGAAGGGAGUCAGGCGUUCACGGGAUGUUGUCUCUGAGCUGAGCAAGCGUUCACAGCUUCAGAUUCAUCAUGUCGUUUUUCAGGCGGAAAGCUAAAGGGAAGGAGCCUGAGAGACCAGUAGAUGCCAAAGCCAGCAAAGCCCCAGUGUCCCCCCACUCCCACUCCCUCAGCAGCCGUAAUCAUCAUGCUAUCUUGGAAGCAGCAGGGCCCAGCCAUGUGGCCAUCAAUGCCAUCUCAGCCAACAUGGACUCCUUUGCCCGAGGUCGAACUGCCAUCCUCAAAACACAGCCCAGCCACAUGGAGGCAGCACACUUUGGAGACCUAGGUCGCUCCAGUGUCAACUACCAGGUUCAAGAGACUCGAUCUCGGCUUUCUAAAACAGUAGACCAGAUCUUGCGGGACAAUGUGGCCAUGCCCUAUUUUAUACAGUUCAUGGAGACCCGCUCGGCUGAGCACCAGGUGCGCUUCUGGCUUGAGGCUGAGAGCUUUCGUUCUACCAGCUGGUCUCGGGUCAGAGCGCACAGCCUCAACUCAGUCAAGCACAGCACCUUGGCUGAGCCUGCCUCUGCUCUGGGAUCACCCGAUUCCACAGACUCCCCUUACGACCCCAGCAGUUCCUCCACUCUGGACGAGGUAGACGGCAAGGACCCUUUUUCUUCCCAGAACCCUUCCAGACCUCACACCCCCAGCCCUCUGGACUCUGACUCCUUUACCAGGGCUCUGAUUAGCCACCGGAACUCUGUUAGCUCCGAUGGGGCGGCUAGGCCUGGUACACCCCAGCUACAGCCCGCUCUAAGAUCAGAAACUCCCACCAGACAGCCCUCCUCCAGGACAGGCACACCAGUUAAAGGCCAGUCUACUGGUGGCCUCCGUGAGCUCUCUGAUAAGCUUAUGAAAAGUAUAGAGAGGGAUGCAGUUAAAAUUUUCACUAGGUACAUAUCUCCAGAUGCUACUAGACCUAUUCCCAUCACUGAACAGAUACGCAACGACAUUGUUGCGAAAAUCUGUGGGGAGGAUGGACAGGUGGACCCAAACUGCUUUGUCAUUGCACAAUCUGUUGUGAUCUCCAUCAUUGAACAACAGCACUUUAGUGAGUUCUUGCGCAGUCAUUAUUUCUGUAAGUACCAGAUCGAGGUGCUGACCAGUGGCUCUGUGUUCCUGGCGGACAUCCUGUUUUGCGAGUCGGCUCUGUUCUACUUCUCUGAGUAUAUGGAGAAGGAGGACGCAAUGAAUGUGCUGCAGUUCUGGCUGGCUGCAGAAAACUUUCAAGUUCAGUUGGCUUCCAAAAAAGGCCAGUACGAUGGACAGGAGGCCCAGAAUGAUGCCAUGAUCCUCUAUGACAAGUAUUUUUCACUCCAAGCUACAAAUCCAUUGGGUUUCGGUGACUCUGUACGAAUGGAGAUUGAAUCCAAUAUCUGUCGAGAGGGCGGACCUCUCCCAGACUGCUUCAACACUCCAAUAAGACAGGCCUGGACCACCAUGGAAAAGGUCUAUAUGCCAGGCUUUCUGUCCAGCAACCUUUACUACAAGUAUUUGAGUGACCUUAUCAACUCCGUAAGAGUGGAUGAGUUCAUGGGAGGAAAUGCCAACACUUCGAGCCAGGGCUGGACCUCAGAAGGCGACCGCAACUCGAGUGCUACUGAAGGGUCACAAGGCCAGCAAGGUACUAAAAAGGUGGCAGUCAAGAUCCUGAAGAACUUUGACGAGGCAAUAACAGUGGACAUCGCAAGUCUUGAUCCUGAAUCCCUGUACCAGAGACCAUACGCUGGAAGAAUGACCUUUGGGAAGGUGAAUGAGCUGGGCCAGUUCAUCAGAGAGGCUGAGCCUGAACCAGACAUGAAGAAGUCCAAAGGUUCCAUGUUUUCUCAAGCAAUGAAGAAAUGGGUGCAAGGAAACUCAGAUGAGGCUCAAGAGGAGAUGGCAUGGAAGAUUGCAAAGAUGAUCGUCAAUGAUGUCAUGAUACAGGGACAACAUGGGAGCCCUGAAGUGAAGUCAACAAAACUAUGACCCUCUCCUUCAGUAUGGAACCCACUCCAACCCUCCUAACAUAACGUCUACAGACUGCAAACAACCUGAAGAUCAAGACUCAUUAACAAAUCAGUGAGGACAGAAAAGGCAUUCCAUGACAUCCUGCGUGUGUGUUUGUGUAUGUGUGUAAGAGCGUGAUUUUUUUUGAGUAUGCACUAAUAGCCAAAACCCCAUAAUUUCUAGCGCUCUGAAGGAUUUCAUUUAAUAUUUGAAGAGGCGUGAAAUGAGUGAACAACAGACAUAAACACACAAGCAAGAGCUGUCGCACAAUUGUGAAUGAACUUUCAGAACAAAGCUGAAUGAGUACUGACACAAAGUACCUGCGUCACCAUUGUGUUCUGCUGUUACCACGCCGACCAACAGGAAGCACACAGAAACCUAAAAGUGGUCAGAAGUACCACUUUUAAGACCAGGCUUACCCAUUUUAUUCCUCACCUUUGUUCUUAUCUCUCACCUCUCUUUCCAUUCACUCCAUUUUUAAAGAAUGGCUAUGAAGUGAUAAGAUAUUUUUUUUGGCAAGAAAAACAAGGUGACUGUUUUAUCAGUAAACCUGCACUGUUCUGUCCCGCUUCAAUGCCGUUGUACUCAUCAGCCUGGCAAACUCUCUGUUGACUGCCCCCUUGUGCUGUUGAAGAACUCCCUCUAGAACCCUGUCCUGAUCAGAUUCUAGAUCGGUGCAGACUGUAGGAUACUCCAGACAAACUGAACUGCUAGGGCAGUGUUUAUCCCCAUUCUAUAAAAAUGUGGAUUCAUGGUUUACCACCAUAUAUUAAUGUUAGUUCUUUUUAUGGUGAUUUUUUGUAUUUUUUUUUUUUUGGUAUGAUGUCAAAAACUCUGUCGAAGCAUAUCUCAGUGAUGACGGUUCCUUUAAAAAACGUGUACUCAUCGGACAUGUAAAUGUUAAUGCUUUGAACUGAUUGAGAUGUGGACGAGAAACAAAGACGUUUGGUACUAUGUACCACUAAUAUGUUUUCUGACAUUUAUGUGUACUUAAUCUAUAAUAUAUUUAAAUGUGUUUUGAUUUAAAUACAUAUAUUGUUGAAACGUCAUUUGGCUUAGUCUUUGUACCCCCCUUUAAUCCUAGAUGGUGUGUACAAACAUUUUAUAGUUACCAGUGUAGGAUACUACCUUAAACUGCAUCAAGUUUUUUUUCCUUUUAAUAUGAAAUUUUGAUUAAAGACGAAUGUAGACUGGCCUUACAGGGAAAGGUUCUUCCCAGACACAGAUAGUUUAUAAACAAAAUAUGUCUGAUUUUUGUUUUUGUUUUUAAUUCUAAACAUUACCUUUUGGCCCAUGUGAUGUUUGUGCACAAUUUAAAGGGAUGGUUUGUGCUGGACACAAACAAAGAUUUUUAGAGGAAUAUUUCAGCUCUGUUGGUCCAUACAAUACAAGUGAAUGGCGGUCAGAACUUUGAAGCUCAAAAAAGCACAUAAAGGCAGCAUAAAAGUAAUCCAUACGACUCCAGUUGUUAAAUCCAUGUCUUCAGAAGCAACAUAAUCAAUUUUGGGUGAGAACAGACCAAAAUCCUUGUAAGUGACACUUUUUUUUUUCAAUGUACGUCUUACCAUUGCAUUAUCUAGGCAUGUUCAUGAUUUCAAACUCAAUCACAAUCACACUUCCUAGUGCUUGAUGCAUACGCAGUCACCAUUUGCUUGCAAUCAGUGGUGGCCCUGUACUUUCUGGCCAAGAGCGGCCCACCAAACCUGGCCCGCAACACACUAUAUCAUUGAUUUCAUUUUCCGGCUCAGUUUAAAUGUUUGUGUUGAGAGAAAAAUACAUUUCUAUUCACUGCUAGUCAUGACAACGUGCCUCACCAAUGCAAAAAUUGUCAUAACAUUAAAAAGUCUUUAGAACCACUGUAAAUGUGAUGAGUGGAAUUUUUUUUUUUUAGAGAAAGCACUAAAAAUAAGCACUUUAUAUCUCAGUCAAUUAACGUGUCUGAGAACUCUUUGCCCAACAUGCAGAUGUUAAGUUAAAAUGUACAUGAACAAGGGAGAGUUUGUAUUUUUUGUGCUGUGACAAGUCAGUCUAUCUUCAUGCUUAUAAAGAUCUUAAUCACCUUUCAAUGUUUUUCUAGAAGUACAAAUAAAUGAUUGAAUUAUUAAUAUGAGGUAGUGGAAAUGAGUAUAAUACAAAUAUAUUAUAUAUUUAUAUAUAACUAUACACGAUCAGAAAAUGUUGUUUAAAAUCGUUAGAUGACGAAAGUGUCACACCACUGGACACUGAUGACAGUGCUUACAAUUUCAUGUCAGUCACUCACAUAACUAAGUGUAAAUGUUUAAUAAAAAUCAAUGAAAGCAGAAUAUGUAUAAAUAUUAACAAAUAUAAAUAUAUGUAAAAUAUAAACAUACCUCUUAAAGUGCAGGUCUUUGCAGAUAUUUAGCAGAUUCAUAUUUUCACUCUGUGAGUUUGUUGCAUCUUUAUAUCUACAGUUUUAAUUUCUUUCCCCAGAAUAUUCUGGAGAAAAAGUGAACAGCCCAAUGCUUUUACAGGCGCCCCCAUCCUUUAAACAAAGUAAGCCUCAAACACUCAAAUAGCCACUAAGUAAUAUUUGUCAUGACUUAUUUUCUGCAUUUCUGUCAGAUGUGAGCAUAAUUCGGCAAGGUGUGCAAUCUGUGUCUAAUAAUACUGUGAUAAGAAGCCAGCGUUUCAGCUCCCAGAAAUGCUUUGCGGUAUUAAUCAAUUACGCAAAUGUCAAUGUACUGCUCAAAGCUUUCCUGUUUGCCGAUUUUAUUUAUGCUGCUGGUAUUGUAUUUGUUGUAACUUGCAGUUAUUUGUCAUUUUGUGAUUAUUGAGAGCUCAUCUUAUACUUGAUGUGUUUUUGGUUGUCUCCAUUAUUAUGAUUUUUAUGUCAAAUUAUGAAGUCCACGCGAGUAACAAAGUAAACGCGCAUAUACAGAUAUGCGUUUGAAAGUGUAAGUAAUUUUAAAUUAAAAGUCAUGAUUUCAAAA